CAGGAGAGCAGAACUCCAUGCUAUUGUCAUGACAAGUAUAAGUACAUGACAAUUAUUAGAUUUGAAAAAAGUAAUAAUGAAACUCAUGGACCAGCACAAUGGCUUUUCUAAGGACACAGUAUGGAAUAAGAAAAUAUUAUUUUUGCAACCAGAGCAUGGGAAUUAUAAGAUACUACUGAUCAGCUGUUGUUUUUAAUUAAAUUAUAUUGUGAACUGAGAUUAUCUGACCUAAUUUAUCAUUAAUAGAAGUGUAUUAAAAGCAACCAUAGUUUACUCUUCACUCUCUCAGUAAUGUGUUGCAUUGUCUUCAACAAACCACAGUCUUUGGUGGUUCUAAUUUCCGUAGUUAACAUGGUGAAAGCAUGUAAUGACAGGCCCGCUUAACCCCAGUGAAACUAAUUAUAUCUGUGACUGAACGCUUGUCACUAUAGCAGGACAAUAGAUUUGUGUCAUUACUAAAAUUCUGUAGGGAUUUGUUGACAGGUUUACUUAACCAACAGGGCUGUGAAGCAACUCUAUAAAACAUUUUGUAAAACAGUGUGUGAUCAUUCUAAAUGAUGGCAUUACAUGAAUAAAAUUAAGGUUGUGUCUUUACAGGCCAGAACUAUAUCAGUCCCACUGCUCUUUUCUAUGAUAGGAACAGAGACGUGUGGGAAAAUGGCAGAGAAUCUUCACACUCCUCCUUUGCUUGACAUUAAUGGCUGACACAGGCUGUUAAUGCUGGCAGCUUUGCAAGCACUGCCAUGGUUACCUGUGGAAACCAGGAGGAAACCAAGUCACCAGGGACUUUGACUCCUCCUAUUCCUCUUCUGUCUCCUGUUGUCGCAAUCAUAAACAUGUAAACUGAUCUUAGACCAGAAAAAUAAUUAAUUAAUUAAUAUUUAUAUCUGCAGGUAUAAAUUCAAUAGUUCUCUUUACAUGGAGGUUUUCACUCAGAGUAAUUAAACUUAAACAUGUGUUAUGCUGCAGCACAUCAUGACGAUGCAGGAUCCCAAACCUUUUUUUUUAAAUUUCUGUAUAUACUUUACAAGUCUUCUUCAAAAUGAAAACAUAGCCCAAAUAUUUAUAUUUAUUCAAUGCUUAUUUUCUGCAAAUGUUUUUUUUACCAUUGGCGACUGGUGAUGCUGCAGGGGGAGGAGAGUGACAGCGCCACAGAGGAAUUAGUCUUUGAGUACACCCUGAACACUUAACAGUUUGUUAGCAUCAUUUCAAAGAGAAACAUGCACACACAAUGCAGCCAUUACAUCUAGGAUUGCGAUUUCGAUCUGUGAAAAAUGAGUUGGAUGCUCUCCGUCUGGGCUGCGGCUCUGCUGGCUCUCUGUAAGGGACAGAACACUGUGCAUGAAGGUAGGCCCUUAUAUGAUGAUGACACAUUAACAUGACUCAACUGUGCUGUCCUAACUAAAUGAAAUAUCUGUUAGUUUUUGUAAAGUUUCCAACUGUUAAAUACUAUAGUAUAAGUUAAAAUGUUAGUUAUUGCUGUUAUUGGAGUCAAAAAUCAAGAUUCACUAGCAACCUAGGAUUACAUCAGAUGUGGUUAUGUGCCCAGAUGACUAAAGGGGGAAAAAACAGUGUUACAAUUGAACACAUUCUUUUUUAUAUUUCAGGAAGCAGUCUGUCUGCACUUGGCUACCACCUGUGUAUUCACAAUGAGACAAGGUGGGUGAGUUUCCUGGUGAUGCACAAGGUUCCUUACACUGUGAGCAAACCGUGUGGUGGCUGGCUCCUGUGGAAGACAUGCAACGCCACACUAUACAAGAUGGUUCCCAAGACCGAGAAUCGGACAGUCAUUAUGCAGGUUACCAAGUGCUGCAACGGCUACGUACAAGCUGGUCGUUACUGUGCCAUACCUGUGAGCAGAAGUGGGGGGCUCGCUGCCAAGCCAGGAUCCUGUCCAACAGUAGAUGGACUUCAUCCUGGAUCUGAGGAGUGUGAGUGGGACAUGGACUGCCCAGGCUGGCAGAAAUGCUGUCAAGGACCGGACGAGUCUUCCUGCAGUCAUCCUGCAAGAUCAGCAAACUAUUCUAACAACAGAGGAAACCGUUUCAACGCAACAGUGACAGUUAAAGUUGAUUACCAGCAGCUGAUGUCACUGCAGGAAGGACUUCUGAACCACACACGGGUCCUACGAGCCAUGGUCAGUGGAGCGCUGCAGUUCGAUGACGUCUUAGUUCAUUACCUCAGCUCGUGGCCUGUGCACCCAUACAGAACUGCCACCUCGCUGCUCAUAGACCUCAACGAGACUCUGUCAUUGGACGAUGUCACAUCGAAGCUUCAUCUGCUCCUCAAACACAUACAGGAAGUGUCGUCAGUAACUGUGGAAGACGUAGAUGAGUGUGUGGAGCCCGUUCUCCAUCAGUGCUCGCCUCAAGCUGACUGUACCAACACAGUGGGAUCCUUCCAGUGCACAUGUCGCCAAGGAUACAGGGAUGUUGAUCCCAGCAACCCUGGAUUCAUUUGUACAAUUGAAGAUGAGGUACUGACCACCACAGAGAUCCCCACGACCUUUGACCCACCCAUGAACACAACCUUCAUCCCAGUGUCCAACACCACAGUGGAAGCUACAGACACCAGCGUGACUGGAUUCUUUAACUGGUCUGAGAUCAGCACCACUACACUACUGACUGAUACAAACUAUGUCUCCUAUAAUUCAUCCCAUUCUCUGCUGUGGACGACCACGGACAGUUAUAGCAGCACAGAGAUACCUCCGCUGACAACAGUAUGCUCUCCUCCCAGCAUCACGUCCCUAAUGUCAUGUAACAUCACUGGAAUCUCCUUCAGUGUCUACUGGUCCAGUCAGUCUCGGUCCAACCAGACCUAUGAAGUCAUAUUAAGCAAGGGUUCAGAGGUCAUUGAUUCUUGGGUAAUUGAUCAGACCAUAAAGACGUUGCUGGGACUGAACCCCGGGGUUGUCUACAGUGUCACAGUCAUACCACGGGCCUGUGAGAGGCAAGGAGCCGCCUCACAGAUUCUUGUCAGAACAGAUGCUCAGACUCUAGAUGCCACAGUUCGACUCACCAACAUAGAAUUCACCACAGACCUUCAAAACAGCAGCAGUGAGGCCUACAGAAAUCUUACUGAAGGCAUUGUAGCGGAGUUCUACCAGUCUCUGUCUCCAGAGAUGAAGGCUUUGGUGGAUUCAGGAGAGGUGAGAAUCGAGAUCACAAGCAUUUCACAGGGGAGCGUGGUGGUCAACUUGACCUUCAUCGUCGUCAGACCCAGUAGCAGCCACGACAUCAGUGACGUUUCUGUUGCAUUGAUAAACUCCCUCACAAAUAGUUCCAGGUACACUGUGGACAGAAACAGAACAAAUAUAAGAGACUUUGAUGAAUGUACAUCAGAUGAUAACGACUGUUCCCAGUGGGCUAACUGCACAAACACCUGGGGCUCUUACUCAUGUGUUUGCAAGGAUGGAUUUACCGACAACAACCCAGACAGACCGGGGAGAGACUGUCGAGCUGCUUUGGAGCCAAUGACAUCAUCGGCGUCUCCUGCUGUCUCUUUAACGUCAGGCUCCAUGACUUCCAGCACUUCAACAUCACCCACCAGCUCUGCUUUGAUAGCUACUGGUCCAAUAACAGCUACUGAGCCAGUAACCGCUGCUAUUACCACUACUGUGCCCAUUCCUACCCCGGUGACUGCUGACACCAGUACUAUGGCACUGGACAUCACCACCCCAACAACCACCACUAUACCCUCUAUGACCACCUCUACUACAGGAAAUACCAUCACUCAAACAACAACAGUUUCGGCCCCAACGACCACAACAUCACCAUUAACUACCACCGAUCUGACAACCACCAUUAUUCCCUUUACAACUGCCACUACUGUGGGCAAUACCAUCACCCCAACCAUUACAGUUUCGGCCCCAACAACCACACCACCAUCAUUAACUACCCCUAAUCCAACAGCUGCCACUACUCCUUCUACAACAGUCACUACACCAUCGGUCACAGCUGCUCCAACAACCACCACAGUCCCAGUGACAUCCAUUACAUCUCCCUCAACGCCCGCCACUACUACUAUCUCUCCUGCUCCAGUACCCACAACCACUGCUGCCCUAGGGAACAUCUUCAUGUCAGGGGCCAUCUCAGUGCAGUGCAGUGUUGCUGAUAUCACCGUAACAGUGGCCAGAGACUUCCUUCACCAAGCCAACAUUAGGGAAAAUGCACUAUACUUAGGCCUGGUGGAAUGUGGUGUCAAGGGUGCCAAUGCCACCCACGUCCGACUGACUGUGGCUUGGGAUGAGUGCAGCACAAUGCUGAUGCAAAAUGAAACCUACUACACAGCAUCCGUGACCCUGUUCAACAGCAUGGCAUCCUUCACCUCAUCCAGCGGAACAGUGGAGGUACCCAGAAUUCGACUGGAAGUGCCUGUCGUGUGCACCUAUUUGAGGAGCCAGCUCAUUUCUGCUAACUUCAACUCCAUGGGGUACGAUCUGAUCCAAGAUAUCAUUAUGGGCCUGGGCUCAUUCCACGUGAUGGUGCAGCUCAUGAAUGGCACAGUGCCUCUGCCGUACAACUACACAAUGUCCCGAGACGAGGCGGUGGUAGUGCAGGUCAGACUGAACACCAGCUCGGAGCAAAUUAAAGUGGUCAUCAACAGGUGCUGGGCAACUCCCAUCCCAAAUCCUGCAGCUUCAUACAGCAACACCUUCUUGGAGAACAGCUGUCCCAUGAACAUGUACACCACUGUGUUGGUGAACGGAAACUCCACUACCUCUCGAGUGUCCGUGCAGAUAUUCUCCUUCAUCAACCUGGACGUGGUCUACCUGCACUGCCAGGUCCACAUCUGUUUACAGGUCGGCUCUGACUCCUGUGUGCCUGAUUGUCAGAGUAGAACAUCUCGAUCUGCAAAAACAAUUGGAUCAGAUAUCUGUUCAGGUGGACCGUUGAACAGACUCUUUCACUUCGACACGGAGCAGGAAUUAGACCCAGCCUACAUUGCCGGCUUUGCUUGUCUCGGAGUUGGUCUGUCACUCAUCCUCCUCGGUGCUUUAGUCUGCAUCUUCUACUACCAACGGAAUCGCAUCGGACACUACAACUUCGCUGCCAAACCCAAGCAGGAGAACUUCACCUACCUGGUUUUUAACGCAUAAUCUAAUACGGCCACAAAAAAUACUUCCUGGAUGCUGUUGCAGAAAAUGGCCACUAGGUGUCGCUGUCGUACCAUGGGCACAUUAUUUCCCACCACCUCUCGCAAGCUUUGCACAUAAUACAAGUAACUUGGGCAGAGAUUAUUUAAACGCGUCCGCAAUAUUUAAUAUAAUUUAAAACAUUUAAAGUAAAAAUAACUGUGUUGAUUGUAAAUAUACGCAGAUAUCACACAAUAUCCUAAGGAAAAUAUGAUGCUCCAUCUUCUUCAAAUGCUAUUUUCAACCUCGUUAUAAUUACAUAGCAUUAUUCUGUUUCUCUGUGCUUGUGCUAAGACAAUAAACAUGUUCUGGAUGGGUACAGAGCUCUGAGAAAUUGUUACAACAACAACACUAACAGCAGCAACAAUAAUAAUAGCUAAAGGAUGGAGGGAAGGAGGGUUACUGUGGUAGAGAAAAAGACGGCGGCAACAGGCAGGUGGCAGGGCACGUGCAGCACAGGGCAAGGGAAAGAAUUUUGUUUUUAAUAAAGAAUAAAAAGUUGAUAGUAAAAAAUAUAUUGAAAAUUACUGGUUCUAUCACACAUGCACGUACACUAAAUGCGCAGGGAGCGGAAAUUAAAUCUUUACUUUAAAUGAAAUCAAGUUUUGCUAUGUGUUAUUGACUCUUUUUUUUAUUGACACAAUUUUUUUUAUUAAAAAGAGAUUUUAGGUAAAAUGACGGCCAGGUUGAUAUAGUGUUCCUAGAGUUUUUCCCGCGACUACAUUAUAGUCAUGAGCCCUCCAGUGGCUCAAAUAUACAACCACACAUAGAGCAGACAGCCUUUUGAAGGGAACUUGUUUAUAUAUAUGCAGUUGCACGUUUGAGCCACCGGGGGGCGAAUCAUGCGGACAACCUAAUGGCCUUACUUUGUUGUUGGCGGAGCUAAACCGAACAACCGACCGCAUUAUCAGACAAAAAAACAAAAUCAAUCAUCUGAUAAAAAAAAACAAGUGGCUAUUAAUGAUCAGUCAUGAGUCAUAUUCUCCUACUCUCUGCAGAACUCUUAUUUUUGUUGAAAAUUUCUGAAUUUAUUUCAGUGACAACCAGCUAUUAUUAUUAUAAGAUACUCUUUUAUUGUAGUGGAUGUCAGCUUUACAUUUGAAUUGUUAGUAGAGAUAUGAACAAUAAAAUACGUAAGAUCCAAGUUCUCUGUUAAGAACGGUCAACAGAUAUUAAUAAAAUAAUUCAAAGAAAUACACAUCAGUAAAAUCAA